AUAUUAUAUUACAUUAUAUUAUAUUAUAUUAUUAGAAUGAAGCUCGAAAUGCGUUAGAAAAGGAGCCUUAUAGGACGCCUCCAAUCAGCUCUAUCACUUUCACCUGUAAGCGCUUUUAAAUACUUUUAGCGUUAUUUGUACUAGGCCCAAAUUUUAAAACUGCUACUUUUGUGAUGUUCACCCAGAAACCUUGCUUCAUUUAUUUUUGAUUCAAUUAUUUUGGAAGAUUUGGCAAUUGAAUUUGUGAUUUAGCAUUAGCCCACUAUUAUAUAAUAUACUAUUCUUAACCCAGUUAGUUAAUAUAUGAUCUUAGCAAUGGCUGUUUUAUUAAUUUUGUCCUUAGUGAAGUAUUACUGUAUUUUUAAAAUAAAUAUUUUUUUUAAAAGAGGAAAGGUUUUAAAACAAAACUGAACUAAAACAAAACAAAACAAAAAAAAAACAAACAAAAAAAAAACGCGGAACUGUUAAACACGAGCUAUUGCCCAGUACGGAAGGACUUUGUAGACGGACCUCCCGGCAUUGCUAGUUGUACGAGGAACUACAGAACAUUUUAAAUUUAUUAAUGCAUUAGUGAAAGAGAUUAUGUCUUUUGUACAAUAAACAAAUAGCUCUGCAUAAUAUUGAACCUGGUCUGGCUGGUUUGCUGCUGCUGCUGUUUUUGUUGUUGUUAUUGUUGUUGUUAUUGUUGCACUUCAUGGAGAGGACACGGGAAGAAGAUAUAGACUGGGGAGAGCGAGUACACAGAGAGGAUCCGCUUACAACUGUAAACAAACGUGUAAAAGACGUUUUAGUGAAAAACGCACAUGAAGGACUGGCUCUGCCGUUGACAGACUACGAGAGAUGUUCUGUUAUAUCAGGACAGUGUGUGUAUUAUCAUUACGGCUGUGAUGGACAGGAUGACAGAGGCUGGGGUUGUGGAUACCGGACUGUUCAGACCAUAGGCUCUUGGAUCAAUAAUGUACCUCAUGGUGGAAAAUCCAGACCUCCACCAAGUCUCCCUGAAAUCCAGCAAGCUCUAGUUACAGUAGGAGACAAACCGGCCUCGUUUUUAGGCUCUAAAGAGUGGAUAGGGACUUAUGAGGCUGCUCUGGUUCUUGACCAGCUGUAUGAUGUCCCCUGCCGGCUGGUGCACGUGCGCAGUGGGGGAACAGAGCUCAAGCGGGCGGCUCAGGACCUGCACCAACAUUUCAUCACCCGCGGAUCACCGGUGAUGAUGGGUGGAGACAGGGACAACUCCUCCAAAGGCAUUCUGGGUGUAUGCACCGGGAAAGAAGGCAGCUACCUGCUGAUAAUGGAUCCGCACUAUUACGGUCCUGUCCCGGAAAGGGAGUUUCUGCAGAAGAAUGGUUGGGUGGCGUGGAGAAGAGUUGAAUCUCUCGAUCAAAGCUCCUUCUAUAAUCUUUGUCUGCCACAAACAUAACCAUGAUUCUGAUUCCACUUAUUAGUUAUGCCACAGGUUCCCAACCCUGGUCCAGUGAAAACACUAAAAUGUGAAGGACAGGGGGUAUUCUAGGACCAGAGUUUAGAAAUUUUGUGCUAAUGUUACCCAGCUGUUUGGUUUUCUAAAUUGUUUGGCAUAAAUAUUAAUUCAUUCAUCUUCAGCAAGCACUUUAUCCUGGUCAGGGUUGUGGUGGGUCUGGAGCCUAUCCCAGAAACACUGAGAGCAAGGUGGGAGAAGAUGGGAUGGCAGUCCAUUGCAGUACACACACAGACAAUAUAUCAUAGACAGUCCACCUAGCAGAAUGUUUUCGGACAGUAGGAGGAAGCCGGAGAACCCCAAGGAAGCCCACAGGAACAUGGGUGCUUAGGAUUGAACCGGGGACCCUUGAGCUGUGAGGCAGCAACACUACCCACAGUACUACUGUGUCUGGCAUAAAUAUCAAUUCUAAAAGUUUUCUGUUGGUCCAUUAAACCAUGAUCAUGAUAUUCUACAUGCAUGAUAUUAUUGUGGACAAAUUAUUGUCAUUUCCUCUCUGCUCCAUUAAACUAAGCUGAGAAUAGUUGCACAUGUCCCGAUAAUUGGUUAGAUGUCAAAUGAUAUUCAAAAUGCAUAGUUGUGCAAACUUCAAAUUAUUAUCACUACCUUUGUUUCAUUAAGCUAACGAGCAAUUGAAGAUAAGAAAAUGUCAUGUGCAUAGUGACCUAGAUGAUGAUGUAUGAUGAUUAAAAAUUCAUUUCACACAAUAGGUACAGGUAAAUGUGUUUUUCUUAACAAUAUUAUAACAAUAUUGUUAGGUAAUUAUUGUAAUAUCUUAAUAUUUGCACAUGUCUAAUACAAGUCCUUCUGAAUUUUUCUGACCUACACUGCUUUUUAUAUUUUUGAGGAGUGCAGCCAUAUCUGGGACACUUGCUGUACUGCUUGAAGAAUUUCUUCUGGGGAUUUUAACAUAGACUCUUAUGCCCUCUAGUGGGCAAAAUAAUACAAAGUUCAUCAUAAUAUCAUUUAAACAUGAUGCAAAUGAAACAUUUGUACUUUUAUAAAGAAGAAAAAGCGAUCAUGCUGUGCCCAGUAACCCCUACAACAUGAUUCUUGGCAAAAUUUAUAGGGAUUUGCACUUAGAAGACACACUGAGCACAAUGCAUGCACAUACUAUACUGUUUUAAACAGAGUGCUUAAAACAGCACUCUUGUAAUAGGAGUAGUUCAGUCAAUGAGAUGCAAACAGGAUUAAAAAAAAAAAGGUGAUUCUAUAGGCUAUUUGUUGUUUUUUUUUUCAGUUUCUGUUUGUGCAUGUGUAUCAGUACAAGUCUACAGAUUGACAUCUUUGCAGACUUGUUUACUGUGGUUGCACCAUGAGGAGGGAUUUAGGGAUAGCAUAGGGACUUUUGGUUAAGCCAUUCCUCCGUUGAUUUGGAUGUAUGCUUUGGGUCAUUGUCGUGCUGAAAGGUGAAAUUCUUUGUCAUCUUCAGCUUACUAGCAGACACCUGAAGGUUUUGCACUAAAAUGUGGUAUUUGUAGCUGUUAAUGAUUCACUCCACCUUGUGUUGUUUUUAGGUAUUAAUGAUUCACUCCACCUUGAUAAAAGCCCCAGUUCCGGCUGAAGAAAAGCAGCCCUAAAGCAUGAUGCAUGAAAAUGUGAAGAAAAUCCUGCAGAAACAGCUGGUCUUUAUUUGGGGUUAAUCAGAAUAAUUUCACUGAUGACAGCUGUAUGAUAAUUACGUUUGAACAUGAGAUUGAAUGUGAUUGGUUCAUUCUGAACACAGCCACAUUCAGAAUUAUA